GAAAUAAGUAAAAAUAAGGUAAACUAAACAGGCCUAAACCCUCUUUCUUUCUCUUCUCCGGCGAGUUGGCGACCGGCGUACAGUUUGAAGCAGAAACUCCGAUUUGCUGCAAGCGCACUUCAUCUCCAUUUUCUGCGCUGAAUAGUCCAUGGCAAACAGCAAAUAUGAGUAUGUUAAGUCCUUUGAAGUUCAAGACAAAAUUAUGCUGCCCACUCUACUUGUUGUUGUCAUCGAUGGCCGGAAUUUUCGAAGGUUCUCUGAAGUUCAUAAAUUUGAGAAGCCUUGUGAUAGAAAAGCCUUGGAGCUGAUGAUUUCAUGCGCUGCUGCUGUCAUGAAGGAAUACACUGACAUAAUAUUUUCAUAUGGAUAUAGUGAUGAAUUUAGUUUUAUAUUGAAAAAGGAAUCCAAAUUUUACCAGAGACGUGGAAGUAAGAUAUUGUCCCUACUUGUGUCAUUCUUCACUUCUGUGUAUACCAUAAAAUGGAACGACUUCUUUCCACAUCAGAAAUUGCUCUAUGCACCUUCAUUUCAUGCACAAAUCAUUCGAUGUCCAACUUUGGAGGUUCUUCAAACUUAUCUUGCAUGGAGGCAGAAUGAUUGUCACCUCAACAAUUUAUACGAUACAUGUUUUUGGAAGUUGUUUGAAAGAGAAAAGAGUGAAACUAAAGCCCAUGAAUGUCUCAAGGGAACACAAAAACAGGAAAAAAAUGAGCUUCUCUUCCGGGAAUUUUGCUUUAAUUAUAAGACUCUUCAUCCAAUGUUACGACAAGGAACUUGUCUUUUCAAGACUCAGAUUGAAGAGGUUGUCAAGUACAAGGAAAAUGGUGAUCCUAUCAAGAGACUUCGGAAAAAGAUGAUGGAAGUUCACUCAGAUAAUAUAGCUGGCAAAAGCUUCUGGAAUCAGCACUCUUCUCUUCUCUCAGAACUAGGCAGAUUUGAAGUAGAUAUUCAUAAAAUUAGACCAGAAUAUGUAGAGUCCUUUCUAUUUCAGGAUAAAUUGAUGUUCUCCACUUGGAUAGUGGUCAGAAUUGAUGGUUGCCAUUUCCAUAGGUUCUCUGAUAUUCAUAAAUUUGAGAAGCCCAAUGAUGAAAAAGCUUUGAAGCUUAUGAAUUCAUGUGCAGCAGCCAUUUUGGAAGAGUUUCAAGACAUAACCUUUGCAUAUGGUGUCAGUGAUGAGUUCAGUUUUGUUUUGAAAAAGGAAUCCAAAUUUUAUGAACGGCAACCCAGUGGAAUAGUGUCCACAAUGGUAUCAUUCUUUUCAACGAUGUACAUCAGUAAAUGGAACGAGUUUUUCCCAGAAACAGAGUUGAAGUAUCCCCCCUCAUUUGAUGGAAGAGCUGUUUGCUACCCAUCAUCUGAGAUUCUUCGAGACUAUUUGUCUUGGAGACAAGUUGAUUGUCAUAUAAACAACCAGUAUAAUACCUGUUUCUGGAUGCUGGUAGACUCUGUAAAAAGCAAGCGUGAAGCCCAAAAUUAUUUAAAGGGAACACAAACACAAGAAAAGAAUGACUUGCUUGCUCGAAAUGGUAUUGAUUAUAAUGCAUUACCAGAUAUAUUUCGUCGAGGUUCAUGUAUUUUUUGGGACAAGGAAAACAAGGCUCUUAUGGAGGUGAAUUGUGCUGAAGAUUCUAGAAAGAAAAUUGUGAUUGAACACUGUAACAUAAUCGAUGACGAUUUCUGGGAUUCACACCCAUGGAUCCUUGGUGACAAACUCCCUUUGGAGAGUGCUAAUACUAGAGCUAUGAAGAGGACGUUAGGACAAUUGGAGGAUCGGUAAACUAGCAGAUUAGAUAUAUUUUGAGUCAUGUAACAAUGCCCUUUUCUAAUAAGACAAUUUAGGAAACAAUUGAGCUUCAAAAUGUAAAAUAUACGAAGUAUGUAGGUAUGCAUUAAAAGUUACGGAGUUAUAUAAAAGUUAUUGUCCAACAUGCUCGAAAUAGAUAAGAUUGAUGCAUUUUUGUCUUUGUGCUAAUUACCAACUGUACAAACAAUCUUGUAAAUAACUACGAGUAAAUAAUACUGUAACAUCCUUU